CCCUUUUCUCUCUCUUAAUCAUCACACCCUCAAAAUCGUCAUCUCCAUUCAUUUUUCUCUCUCUCUCUCUCCACAACUUUCUCUUUUUACUCUGUCAAUUUUGCAGUACAGUGCAGUGCAGCGCGCAGUUGAUGAUGAUGAUUAUGCCCUUCUGCUUAUCUUCUCUUUCUUCUUUACUGCUGGCUUUCUAUAUGUUUUUCCUUUUCAUGAUUUUGCCAGAUUAGUAUAUAUUUAUUUAAUAACUAAAAAGGAAUUUAAUCUAAAUCAGGAGGAGAGCACUAACUCGUAGGAAUUCUCUUGCUAGCUUUCAAUCUUUCCAGUUGUCUACUGUUCCGUCUUUCUUCUUCUUCUUUUUUAUAUAUAUAUUUUUUUUUGUUGGUUAAAUCAUUCUUUUAAACAUCUUUCGCCAAACUUCUCUUCUCUUACUCUUUAUCUCUCACAACCUGUCGUAUCUCGCUUCAAUCUCCCAUUCCCCUUCAAACCAACCUCCCUCCCUAGCUAAGCUAGCGGUUAAACAAGAGUGAGGGAAGGAAGGUGAUACAAGUUUUGUAAAUUAUUUCAUAUUAAAAGAGAUGGUGAUGCACAUAAAAAGCCAAGGAAUUUAAUUUGUUAGAGAAGUGGUGUGGAGGUUAUCGUUGAUAAAUAGAAAGAAAGUAUGCGCAAGGAGUGGCUCCAUCUCAAUACGCGGAGAUGACUCCUGCUGCAGCUGGAGCUGCAACUACAACUACAACCUCACACAUGGGGCAGCAGCCAGUAGAAUCAGCUUCACCAAUUAGCAGCCGACCACCUAGUAAUUUGGAUGAACUUAUAAGACUUUCUUCUGCUGGUGGUGGUGGUGGUGGUGGAGGAGAUGAGGAUACAGAAGGCGAUCGGGCAGGAGGUGUUGCGAGCGGCAACAGGUGGCCUCGUCAAGAAACACUAGCACUUCUCAAUAUUAGGUCUGAUAUGGAUGCGGCCUUCCGUGAUGCCACCAUUAAAGGUCCUCUCUGGGAAGAUGUCUCCAGGAAACUAGCAGAGUUGGGAUAUAAACGUAGUGCCAAGAAAUGCAAAGAAAAAUUUGAGAACGUUCACAAGUACUAUAAGCGAACAAAGGAAGGAAGAGCUGGUCGUCAAGAUGGUAAAAGUUACAAAUUUUUCAGCCAGCUCGAGGCUCUUCAUACAACCACUGCCACCACCAGUAACGUGUCAGCUUCCUUAUCAAUGCCAGUGACAACUGUCACCACCACCUCCUCCAACACAAUCACUUUAGAUGUUGCUCCUGUCUCAAUAGGGAUCCCCAUCCCCAUCUCUUCAUCUGUUAGAAUUCCAACUAUCGCUCCUAUGUCUUCCUCUAUAUUUCCUCCCAAUCUCAGUGCACCCACCAUCAACGUUCCUGGAUCUACUACUACGGCACCCCCACCACUACCACCUCAAACUGCAACUGCUACCACAACCGCCACUCCUGUCCCGAUCAGCUUUUCAUCUGAUAGUUCUUCUUCCCCAGAAACUGAAGAUGAUGAUGAUGAUGAUGAUGAAGACGAUAUCGACUUCCAAGGACAGCCAUCAAAUACUGCUGGUAGCAGCCGCAAACGAAAAAGACAAUCAUCCAGUAGUACUAACAGGAUGAUGGAGUUCUUUGAGAGUCUAAUGAAACAGGUAAUGCAAAAGCAGGAGACCAUGCAGCAAAGGUUCUUGGAGGUGAUAGAGAAGAGAGAGCAAGAUAGGAUGAUAAGAGAAGAAGCUUGGAAGAGGCAAGAGAUGACAAGAUUGGCUCGUGAGCACGAGCUUAUGGCCCAAGAGAGAGCCAUCUCUGCUUCCAGGGAUGCUGCCAUCAUUUCCUUUUUGCAGAAAAUUACUGGUCAGACCAUUCAAUUGCCUUCUGCUGCUCCGCCACCUCCACCACCGGCACCAGCACCAGCACCGGCGCCUGUAGUAGUUGCACCAGCAAUCCCUGUCCCAACACCAACACUAUCUCAUCUGCCACUAUCGAUACCACACGAACAACGAGAUCAACAACCCCAACGACGACAUCAACAUCAACAUCAACAUCAACAUCAACAUCAACAGCAACAGCAACAACAUCAGUCCCAACAUGCUGAAGCUUUGAGGCAUCAACCGGCCUCCACUUCCUUACCUUCUUCUGAAGUAGUCAUCGCAAUUCCCGAACAACAGGUACCACCGCAGCCACAGGAGAUUAGCGGCAGUGGAAACUUUGAACCCACUUCCUCAAGAUGGCCAAAAGUAGAAGUUCUUGCACUUAUAAAGUUAAGGAGUGGACUUGAACCCCGGUACCAAGAAGCUGGGCCUAAGGGACCUCUUUGGGAAGAAAUCUCCGCAGGAAUGCAGCGGAUGGGUUAUAAGAGGAGUGCCAAGAGAUGCAAGGAAAAGUGGGAGAAUAUUAACAAGUACUUCAAGAAGGUCAAAGAAAGUAACAAGAAACGCCCUGAAGAUGCCAAAACCUGCCCCUACUUCCACGAGCUCGAUGCACUCUACCGGAAAAAGAUAAUCGGCAGCUCAAGUGGCACUAGUAGCUUUAGUAGUCAGAAUAGACCAGAAGAACUACAGCCAGAAGUACAGCAUCAGCAGGAAAGCAUCAAAUUGGAUCCAGUCCCACCAGCAAAUCUCCAAGAGAGCGGUAAUGUUCCAACUGUAAUGCCGCCACUACAAGUGACGCAAGCUUCUGAAUCAGUUAAGCAAAAUGUAGCAAAUGUCGAUGCACAAGCAAGUAAUAUAGGUUUGGCAAGUAGCCUCUUUGGAGAAGGAAAUGGAGGAUCAUCAAAGAAGCCAGAAGACAUUGUGAAGGAGCUGAUGAACCAGAAGGAGAUGCAACAGCAACAGCGAGCGCCGUCCAUAAUGGAUGAUUUUGAUAAAUACAGUGACAGCGAGAAUAUGGAGCAAGAGGAAGAUGAUGAGGAUGAGGAUGAUGAUGAUGAUGAUGAUGAUGAGGAUUUAGAAGAGAGGAAGAUAGGUUAUAAAGUAGAAUUUGAGAGGCAAAAAGCAAACACAUCAAACGGGGGAGGAAAUGGGACACCCUCUUUCUUGGCGGUAGUUCAAUAAUAUUAAAAUUCGGGGGAGGAGGAUUGCAGGUUGGUGGGGUUCGUUCUUCAUCACCAAAAUGUACCAUAUGUACCUUUUUGUUCAGAAGCCUAACAAUUCAGUUGCAAGCCUCAUAACUAAAUUAAUUCUUCCUAUUUUUUCUUCUUUCUCAUAUCUUUUCUUUUUAAAAUUUCUUUCUUUCAUGUUCAUCCAUGCUACCACAUCUUCUUCUCGUCAUCGUCAUAGUCAUCGUCAUCGCCAUCGUCAUCAUCACCCUCCUCUUCUUUUUCUACUUGUUGAGCAAUACAGGUUUUAAGAUGGGGAGGGUGGGGUGGCAAUUGGUUUCACAUUUUGAAUUUAUUGAUUUGUUGGAGAAUAAAGAACCGUUGCAAAGGCACGGAAGGGAUUGAAUGAAGAGAAACAAAAUAAGCUUGCCCAGCAGCAUAAUCAUCCAAACGUAGAGUGGAAAAGAUAGAGAGAAACACAGACCGACGGAGAAGCAGAAGUCGUUUGUUUCAGUAUUUCUUUUGAUAUUAAUUCUUUGUUACUUGCUUUGUUUUGAAUUAAUAAUAUGAAUGAAAGAAUCUGUGUUUUCCAUAA